GCUGAGAGCAAGAGAGGCACAGAGUCCCGCAUUGGUGCAGAGGCAGCAAGUUAGCCCGCCGCCCGUCUGUCUGUCCCCAGAGCCAUGGAGAGAGCCAAUGUGAUCCAGAAGGCCAAGUUGGCAGAGCAGGCCGAACGCUAUGAGGACAUGGUAGCCUUCAUGAAGGGCGCCAUGGAAAAGGGUGAGGAGCUCUCCUGUGAAGAGCGAAACCUGCUCUCAGUAGCCUACAAGAACGUGGUGGGCGGCCAGAGGGCUGCUUGGAGGGUCCUGUCCACCAUUGAGCAGAAAAGCAAUGAGGAGGGCUCAGAAGAGAAGGGCCCCGAGGUGCGAGAGUACCGAGAGAAGUUGGAGACUGAGCUCCGGGGUGUGUGUGACACUGUGCUGGGCCUGCUGGACAUGUACCUCAUCAAGGAGGCCGGGGAUGCCGAGAGCCCGGUUUUCUACCUAAAGAUGAAGGGUGACUAUUACCGCUACCUGGCUGAGGUGGCCCCCGGGGACGACAAGAAGCGCAUCAUCGACUCAGCCCGGGCAGCCUACCAGGAGGCCAUGGACAUCAGCAAGAAGGAGAUGCCGCCUACCAACCCCAUCCGCCUGGGCCUGGCCCUGAACUUUUCCGUCUUCCACUACGAGAUUGCCAAUAGCCCCAAGGAGGCCAUCUCGCUGGCCAAGACCACUUUUGACAAGGCCAUGGCUGACCUGCACACCCUCAGCGAGGACUCCUACAAAGACAGCACCCUCAUCAUGCAGCUGCUGCGAGACAACCUGACACUGUGGACAGCUGACAACACCGGGGAAGAGGGGGGCGAGGCUCCAGAGGAGACCCAGAGCUGAGCCGAGUCACCACCUGCCCUGCCCUGCCCUGCCUGUUCCAGUCACCCACCCCGUGGAGAGGACUAGUGUGGGGUGGGAGGCCCCACCCUUUCUCCCCAAGGCUCUAUGGAGAGGACUUGCAGAGCUGAGGCCAUCCAGGGUCGGGGUCCCACACUUCAUGCAGAUGUCAAGUGCUCCUAACCCUUGAUCAUCCCACCCACCCCAGCUCUCCGCACCCCC